UAUUUUGCGUGUGUGUGUGUGUGAGAGGGUACAAGAAAAUCACUUAUCUCCUACAACUCGUGCAUCAUCUUCUCUCCACGUCUGUUAACACCACCGACCUAGAUCUAACCUAACAAUGGCGGGAGCACCAGAUCUGUUAUUCGCACUGAGAAACAACUUCUACUUCGGAGCAUUUCAAGCAGCAAUCAACAGCGGCGAUGUUCAAAACCUCUCCAAAGAGGAUGCGAUCGAACGCAAUUGCCUCAUUUACAGAUCCUACAUUGCUCUCGGAAGCUAUCAAAUCUGUGAAUGUGUGAGUGGUAUGGAUGCUAGAUAUGUGGAUGUGUUGCCCUACUGGCCCGAAAAAUGGCUCCGGUCGUCGGAGUAUAGAGAGAAGGCAGAGAGUGUUUGGUGUGCUAUGAUUUAAAAUGAAAGGGAUGAGGGGAAAGUAUUCGAACAAAGUUUGUGCAGACAUCAUUAAUUUAUAAAAACAAACAGUCUUAUAUUUUUCAGUUUGCAGAGCUUCAGACCACAUCUUCAGUUGCAGACAU